CGCAUUUAUAUGGCUUUAUUAAUAAUGUUAAGUCAUGCAUCUAUCCUUUAGCUGAGCUGGAAUUUAGGCGGUUCCAACUAACAAAGUUCUUACUUGUACGCAUUAGGUCAUCCGUCUUUAACUGUGAGUAGCUGUCAAACGUAUAGCACCACACUCCCGAGUUUUGUUGCUGUUUGACCUGAAGGGCCGGGUGGCCGCUUUCGCGCUGGUUCCCGCGCCCCGCCCGCCACCAUGGUCUCUCCCAGCGGCCUGCGCGACCCCCACAUGCACCGCGCGGUGGCUCAGCUGAACACCCACCUGGUUCCCCCGCUCAAUCGGCGCCUGGGGCUGCAUGCGCCGCGGAAGGACGUGGCGUACUGCAUCAGGAAAGUCUUCUGGCGCUGCAGCUGCGGCCGCCACCUGCUCUUCACCUGCCGCAAGAGCCUGAUCACCCGCUUCAAGCGCUGCCCCGAGACCGCCCUCCACACGCUGUACUGCGGCGGGGUGGCGGGCGGGCAGCUGCUGAGUGUGACGGGCGGGCUCAUCAAGCACGGCCGGCCGCCCAGCGAGUUGGAG